AUGCGAGACAGUGUAUUAGUCUUCUCAUUGGCAUGGAUUCUUGCGAUACACCGAGGAUUGGACGGAAAACUCGAAAGAGUCGCUCAAAGGCCGAAUGUCGUUCUAGACGAUUACUACGCCUAUCGUCACAUUUCGAUCAUACACUUCCACGUACCGGAGUGCACUGUCGCCGCGGCUUUCAAGUUCACUGUACAAGAAGAGAAAACUGGCGGAAUAGGUAGAUGCGCAGCUCGAAACGUCUCUCUGUUCUUGAAGUCCGGCAGUUUACCGUUCGUGCGUCCGGAUGGAUCGAAAAUCACCGCGAAGCUGAUGAAAGGAAGACGUCGGUAUUAUUCAUUGAACAUGGAGAGCAACGGGGACGAGUAUAUGAUUAGAAUAGACGCACCAGCGCCGGGCGAUUGGUACGCGAUUGCCUUCCGAUCUUGGAGUGAUCCUGACGACGGGAAGAUUACGCAACAGGGUCUUGGAGCGUCAUGUGACACCGUGAUGAACGCAGAAUUACUCCUGGAAUCGGCGUCAUUGGUGUCCUUAAUGGACUCGAGGCUAGAAUACGAGGUGCACAUGAACGAAAGCGCCGAUUCCGCGAUGAUGCUGGUGCUCAUUCCCGAUGAGUUCGUAGAAUCUAGCCUCUCUUUAAAGUCCACCUGCGGCGAGGAAUGCAAAGUUGCUGUUCACGUCACCGCGGAUGAUCAUCUCGCGGCGACCAUAAUGAACACCACCAACACGACUUUGUUCUUCAAGCCAUACUCGGACCGAUUUCAUUACGUGACCCUACGCCUGCUGUCCGGCGAAUCGUCGAACGUGUCCUUACAAUUACUGGACAGCUCCACUACCGAUCCCAGCCAGGUGAAGUCGGUGGAUCUGUGGAGAAAGUCGUUGCCCGACUUUUUCCUGUUCGAUUACGAGCAUCUGUUAGCGAACGGCACGAAACCGUCGGCCUUCAACCUCUCCGCAGACAGCUUGUCCGUCCUUAGCUUUGGAAUCGGUCGAAUAUACGAUGUAGGCGGAACGUUGACUUUGGGCCUGAAGCUGGUCGACCUUGAUAAGAAAGAGAAGAAAAAUAUCGUCGUUGUAGCUUGCAUUUCUUUAGGUUAUUACGCGAACAUCACUGCCGGUGGAGGUUGCGCCCGGUUGGACAACGUGACCGCAGCGGAUAUCUACGUGAACUCGACAGUACCAGCGAUUCUUCACAUUCCGUUCCCAGAGCCGGGUACAUGGCACGUGAGCUUGAAGUCUUUCUGCGUGGAGGAAAAUUGUCACUGCAUAUCAACAUGCCUGAACGGCACCGCCUGCGAGGAUUGCGACUGCAUCACUCCCUGCGACGCCAGAGUGGAGAGCCGUAUUUCCUCUCUGCCCUGCAUCGAGGGCCGUUGCAAUGCCCGUGGAAAAUGUAUGCAUUACAUGAGCGGUGGUUUCGUUUUCGCUGCGUGCCAUUGUUCAGGCGCCUACAGAGGGUUCGAUUGCGCAGACGACACAUACGUUCUCAGCAAUAGCGACGUGAUCGUUCGAGUGUUGCUGUUAACCUGCAGCAAUCUGGCGUUCAUCGGUUCGGUUUACGUGGCGGUGCGCAGAGAAUACUUCACAGAGGCGAUCGUCUACGCGGCCGUUAUGUUCUUCUCGACGUUCUACCACGCCUGCGAAGCUGGGGAAGACGUGUACAGCGUGUGCAUCAUGAGACUGGGUGUCUUGCAGUUCUGCGACUUCUUCAACGCUCUGUUGUCCAUCUGGGUGACUUUAGUCGCGAUGGCCUCGUUCGGGCCGAAGCUCACCGCUUUCUGUCAAAUCGCAGGAGCUGUUAUUUUAGCGAUGAGCGCUGAAAUGGAUCGCACGGCCCUCUGGGUGUUUCUUUUACCUGCUAUCACGGGUUCCGCCUUGAUCGGCCUAUCUUGGGGUAUGAGGUGUAAGAGGAGAGGCACUGUACGUUAUCCUUCUCGUCCUUAUAGAAGCAUUUACUUCCCGGCUGGUCUCCUUCUAGUCUCCAUGGGGCUGGUCUGCUACGCAUUCCUACAAACACGGAGAAAUUAUUACAUCGUUCACAGCCUUUGGCACGUGUGCGUCGCCAUAGGGGUGGUUUUGCUCCUACCGAAGCGACAGUACAUGAAGUGAUUAGCAUAGCGAAUGAUAGUUGCUGCAAGAUGCAACGUUGCCAAUGUAAGAAACGGGUACAAGUACGUUUAAGAUUGUUGGUGUUCAA